GUGUGUCAUGGCGGCCCAGAUGGCGGUAAAUUCGGGAGCCAGUCUGUGGGGGCCGCUGAAGGAACUAUGGGAGACAGUGGACGGAGCGGUGUUGAGGAGACAGCCAGAGAGCGUCCACCUCCUCGACCUGCAGCUGAAGAAACACAAACCACACUUUCUCUCACUCUUCAAAAACCCGCCAAAGAGUGCAGAGCAGAGAGAAAAGGUGCGUAAAGCCAGCACAGAAGGCAUCGCCAUCCAGGGUCAGCAGGGGUCACGGCUCCUUCCAGAGCAGCUUCUCUCAGAGGCCUUCAUCCUCAGCGAUCUGUUUGAUAUUGGAGAGUUAUCAGCUUUGGAGCUUCUGUUAGCAGGUGAGCAACAGCAGCCCCAUUUUCCAGGUCUGACACGAGGUCUGGUAGCUGUGCUGCUCUACUGGGAUGGAAAGCUUUGUGUGGCCAACUCCCUGCGCACACUCAUCCAGUCACGCCAUGGCAAGACCUUCACCCUGGACCUGAGUGGAGAGCUGGUGGCUUUGACCACACGUUUCACAGACGAACUGAUGAACCAGGGUCUGACCAAACGCGUCCUGGCAUUGGUGUCGGAGAUCAAUGUGGCGCGAGAAUUUGAACGGCUGCAGAAGGAGCGCGGCCUGGGCAACGAGAAGCACCGGAAAGAGGUCUCGGACCUUAUUAAAGAGAGCAGACAGGCUCUGGCAGACAGCCUGUUUUCGUGGACCUGCCAGUCACCUUUGUCUAAAGACGACACCCUGGCUCUUAUUGGCCACCUGGAGACAGUGAGCGCUCAAGCUGAUGGCUCAUUGGAUAGCGUGAACCUGGCUCUGGUCAUGGCACUACUCUACUGCUUGGAUGUCAGCUUUGUAGAACAGGGAACAGAAGAUAGAGAAGAUCUGAUCCAGGCACUGCCAUUGCUGACUGAGCGGCAGUACGUGUCUGCGGUGCACAGCCGGCUGAUGGAUGGCCAGCCGUGGAAGCUUCCAGGUCUGCAGGCUGUGUGUCGCCUGGCCUGGGCUCUAUCUCUGAGGGUCCUUUCGCAGCUACCACAGGGAGGUGCCCUGGUGGAGUUCACUGAGGCAGACGAGGCUCUGGCCGACCAGGCUCUGUUGGGAGACGUCUUCCUGUUUAUGAGGGAGGGCAUCCUGGGAUGUGAGGGCUGUGCACAGGAAGAGUUUUACAUCCGCCGCCUCCACUCACUCAUCACAGACUUCCUGGCACUCAUGCCAAUGAAGGUGAAACAGCUUCGUAACCGCGCUGAUGAGGAUGCCCGUCUGGUGCACAUGUCUUUACAAAUGGAGAGCGAGCUUCCAUCGUCGCUACGCAAGGACUUAGACCAUCUCAUGAACCUCAUAGGAGAGUUUUACAGUAAGGACCCAUUUGGACUGGAGUUGGGUCUGGAGUUUUGGUGUCCCACAGAGUCUCUGCAACACACCUCCCUGCAGGGGUCCUACCUGGGGAUGGCGCUGCAAAGGCCUCCGCACAAACAGGUGGUUCUGUCCAAGUUUGUGCGUCAGAUGGGAGACCUCCUGCCCUCCACCCUAUAUAUCUCCUAUCUCCGUAUGCUGAAAGGACUCGCCAACGGGCCUCAGUGUUCACACUACGCCUUCAGCCUGCUCAAAACCAACGGAGCCACGCACAGUGACAACCUCCAGGGAGUGUCCGGCAGCCCGGUGUCUUGGGAACACUUUUUUCACUCCCUGAUGCUCUACCAUGAGAACCUGCGGCGAGACUUUCCAAACCCAGACGCAGCACAGUUCCGCCACCCGUCCCUCAGAGGCAUCACCCAGAGAGAGCUGGAAGGACUCACCUCCUUCCUGCAGCUGCUCACCACCAUCAUCACAUGGAGUGAAAAUGCUCGCCUGGCGCUGUGUGAGCAUCCCCAGUGGACUCCCGUGGUGGUGAUGUUGGGGCUGCUGCAGUGCAGCGUCCCCCCCGUCCUGAAGGCGGAGGUCCUGCGCUGCCUGGCAGCUUUUGGGAAGUCACCAGAGAUCGCCGCCUCACUGUGGCAGUCACUGGAAUACACUCAGGUUAUCCUUCAGACAGUAGACCGGACAGGGCAGGCAGCUGGAAUUGAGACUGAGAAAGUGGGAGUUGCUGACGCUGUGCUGGAGGUGUUCCACAAGCUGCUGCGUGACUACGAGCCCCAGCCCUCAGACUUUGUCCAGGAGAUAGUGGAGCUACAGGGCGAGCAGCUGCGGCCACAAGCGCCCGGGCCACAGCCUCAUGUUCCACCUGUUGAACGACUCGGCCCACGCUGA